GCCCUAGAUGUUCCUACAUGCGAUUUGGUGUACGACGACUUCUGCCGCAUUCGUGUCGCUGCCAAGUGUAAACUACCGCAUCCGGAAGCCGUGGUCUAUCUCUAUUCACUGAUUCGAAAUUCCGCUCGUCGCUUCAUAAUUGAUCGCCUAAUCGACGCAUCUGUCUUUUUUACCAGUUCCCACCGUAUUGUGCUCGAUCCGUGCUCGGAGGACGGGACCUAUCGAAAUUCGAUCAGAUCGCAUUUGAAUUCGCUGUUGACAUUUGCUCGACGUUCGCCGAACGUAUCGCACAUGGAACUGAUCGAUUUUCUCUUUCCCAACGUGCGACCCACUCCACGUGACACGGUGCUGUUGAACUUGAUAUUUAAGCAUUAUCGAUCCACCGUAAGUACCGGUCUCAUUGGUGUUGUUGCAUACAUGUGUAUGCGUCAUCGAGCUUUCUGA